UUUUUCAUUAGACAAAUUUUGAUACUACUACAACAAUAAUAUUUUGAAGAUUGAUAUAUAUAUUCCUCCAUCUCCCCCCUUAGCUAGAACACACAUUAACAACACCUCACUCACUCCACCCCGCCAUAAAUGCAAACGCACCCUCUCUAUACGCUCUGCAUUAACUCCUCACUGCCACAUCUCCUCCCCCACCUGUACACCUUCCCCCUUUCCUCCUCCUUCUUCCCUUCUUCACCUUCUCAUCCCUCCUCUCACCUUUUCUUCUUCCUCCCUUCACAUUCAUUACUUUCAUUCAUCUCUCUCCAUCUUUUUUUUUUUUUCUGAUUUAUAAUUCCUAUCCAUCCCUUUUUUUUUUUAAUUUCCUUUGUCCCUCAUCAUCAUCGUCAUCAAAGUAUUCUUUCUUAAAUUCUAUUCACAAGAAAGUCAUUUCUAUUCAUUUCAUUAAUCACACCACACAACCAAUCUGAUAACUACUCAUCCAUUCCAUUUCAACCUUAAGAAUUUUUUGGUGAACCCUUUUUUCCCUCUUUUUUACCUCCACUCUCAGAUCUGCCUGUCCCUACUUCCUUUUCAUCAAACCCUAAAAAACUUCACCAGAAACCAGGGUGUUUGUGAGCUUCCAAACCGCCAUGUGAGAGGAGCUUAGCAAACCAAAAAAAAAAAAAAACCCUUUUAUUUUUCUGUAUUUUCUGUUGUGCAAAAAAAAAAACUAGAAGAAGCAGCAUCAUCAGAGUACUUGGGGAGGUGAGUUUUCGUCAUGAGCAGGAAGGGAAGGGAUGUUUUUGUAUGACUUUGUUGACUUUCUUGUACCUGUCCCUCCUUCUCUUCUCUUUCUUUUUCGCUUAAUGCUUAACUUUUGUUUGUUUCCUUUUUGUUUAUGGGGAAAUGAGGAACAAAAGUCAAAUUUAAUUGAGUCAGAUUUCCAAGCCACCGAGUUAUUCGUGCGCGCUUAAUCGUCUAUCUAUAUUAGCUAAUUAUUAUUACGUUAAUUAAUAGUGGUAAUUUGGAAAGGGAGUCGGUUGGUUACACAUUGGUCAUCAAUUUCAAUUUCUUUUUCUUUUUUUUUUUUUGAAUUUGCUGAUGAAAUGUUUCUCAUUUUGGUCUUCUUUUUUUCUCUUCUCUUGGCACGUAUAUUAAGGAAGUGAAAAAUGACAGGUGGGAUUAAUUCUUGGGAAAGAUACAAAAGAAAAUAAUAGUCCAUUUCUUUUUUAUUUCUUUUUUCUUUUUUGGGUUUUCUUGAGAUCCUGGAGAAAUCCCAAGAACAGAAGUUUUUUUUUUUUUUUUUUUUUUUAACUAGUACCUUAGUCAAAUCAAAAUCAUGUGUCGUUUACUGGGUUGUAUUUUGUUAAUAAUACCAUAUAAGUUGGGAUUUGCUUAGUGGACUUCUUGCAAAGACUGCCAGAGAGAAUCUAGUUAAGCAAAAUAGACUCCCAAUUUCAACACACUUGCCCCCUGUCAAAAAAGUAAAAAACGUCAUCAUCCAUCAAUCCACCCCCCCAACACACACACACACACACUCCACACAGUCAAAAUAGAGAGAGAGAGAGAGAAAAUUAAGAAAAGAUAAAAAAGAAAGGCCUUGUACUUUUUAGGGUUUGUUGUUUAUGUUUUUACUUUUGGGAGAUGUAUGCUGUUUCGAGGUACCAUGAUUGAUUGAUGUAAGAAAAUAAGUUUACAAAUUUUUAACCUUCUCUUUUCCUGCAGCAAACUCACUGUUUUGUCAACUAUGGUUCAGAGGAAGAAAGAGGGAUGUAGAUUUUUCAUUUCUUCAGAGCUGAAUUACUCCAAGACUGGAAAUCAUUAACCCUAUAAUAUUAUUGUAAAGAGUAGUAAGGGAGAAAGGGCAAGAAGAACAAAACAAGAUGUUUCAACCGAAUAUAUUUGAGAGUCACCAUCAUUUACUUGAGAUGAACCACAAGACACCCGAAAAUGAGAUGGAUUUGAUAAGGGAUGAUGAGUUUGAGAGCAAAUCAGGGACUGAUAUCAUGGAAGCUCCUUCUGGGGAUGACCAAGAUCCCAACCAACGCCCCAACAAGAAGAAGCGGUAUCACCGCCAUACUCAGCAUCAAAUCCAAGAAAUGGAAUCAUUCUUCAAAGAAUGCCCGCAUCCAGAUGACAAACAAAGGAAGGAGCUUGGUCGUAGAUUAGCAUUGGAGCCCUUACAGGUCAAAUUUUGGUUUCAAAACAAGCGCACUCAGAUGAAGGCUCAACAUGAACGCCAUGAAAACACACAAUUGAGGAAUGAAAAUGAAAAGCUACGAGCUGAAAAUAUCCGAUACAAAGAGGCUCUCAGCAAUGCUACUUGUCCCAAUUGUGGUGGUCCGGCUGCCAUAGGCGAAAUGUCAUUUGACGAGCAGCAUUUGAGAAUCGAGAAUGCUCGCCUUAGGGAAGAGAUCGAUAGGAUAUCUGGAAUUGCAGCAAAGUACGUCGGCAAGCCAAUGCUCUCGUAUCCUCAUCUACCUUCUGGAGCAUCUCGGUCGCUUGAUCUUGGAGUGGGAAGUUUCGGGCCACCUGGAGGGAGUGUUGGGGAGAUUUACGGUGCUGCUGGUGACCUUCUUAGGUCAGUUUCAGGUCCGACAGAAGCUGACAAGCCGAUGAUCAUUGAGUUGGCUGUUGCUGCUAUGGAGGAACUAGUUAGAAUGGCCCAGGCUGGAGAACCUUUGUGGGUUCCUAGCAGUGACAACUCAACUGAGACUUUAAGUGAGGAAGAAUACCUCCGGACUUUCCCUCGUGGUAUCGGACCGAAACCAAUGGGAUUGAAAUCUGAAGCAUCCAGAGAAUCUGCUGUUGUUAUCAUGAAUCAUAUCAACCUUGUAGAGAUUCUCAUGGACGUGAAUCAAUGGUCAAGUGUGUUCUCCAGCAUUGUUUCAAGAGCAUUGACCUUGGAGGUUUUGUCAACUGGUGUAGCAGGCAACUAUAAUGGAGCUCUCCAAGUGAUGACAGCCGAGUUUCAGGUCCCCAGUCCACUAGUACCAACUCGUGAAAACUAUUUUGUGAGAUAUUGUAAGCAACAUGCUGAUGGAACAUGGGCUGUUGUUGAUGUUUCUCUGGAUAAUCUGCGCCCUUCAUCGGUUGCUCGAUGUAGAAGAAGGCCUUCUGGUUGUUUGAUUCAGGAAUUGCCAAAUGGCUACUCCAAGGUUGUGUGGGUCGAACAUGUUGAGAUUGAUGAUAGAGCGGUUCAUAACAUAUAUAGAGGACUAGUUAAUUCAGGAUUAGCAUUCGGGGCAAAACGUUGGGUUGCAACACUAGAUCGACAAUGUGAACGACUAGCAAGUUCAAUGGCGAACAAUAUCCCCGCAGGAGAUGUUGGAGUGGUGACAACUCCAGAAGGCAGAAAAAGUAUGCUAAAACUUGCUGAGAGAAUGGUUAUGAGUUUCUGUGCUGGUGUUGGUGCUUCUACUGCACAUACAUGGACAACAUUGUCAGGGAGUGGUGCCGAUGAUGUUAGGGUUAUGACUAGAAAAAGCAUGGAUGAUCCUGGCAGACCUCCUGGCAUCGUGUUAAGUGCUGCUACUUCAUUUUGGCUUCCUGUCCUGCCUAAAAGAGUUUUCGAUUUUCUGCGCGAUGAGAACUCAAGAAGUGAGUGGGAUAUACUGUCAAAUGGUGGUCUAGUCCAAGAAAUGGCACAUAUUGCUAACGGCCGCGAUCCUGGCAACUCGGUAUCUUUGUUGCGUGUGAAUAGUGCAAAUUCGAGCCAAAGCAACAUGCUUAUACUGCAAGAGAGCAGCACUGAUUCAACAGGCUCUUAUGUUAUCUAUGCUCCAGUCGACAUUGUUGCCAUGAACGUGGUCUUGAGUGGUGGAGACCCUGACUAUGUUGCUCUCCUUCCAUCCGGCUUUGCUAUCCUUCCCGAUGGACCUGAUAAUUUAGGAAGUGGAGCUCCCGAUCAGAUCGGAAAUGGAGGAUCAUUGCUGACCGUUGCAUUCCAGAUAUUAGUUGAUUCGGUCCCAACGGCUAAGCUUUCCCUGGGAUCAGUUGCAACUGUUAAUAGCCUUAUCAAGUGCACAGUUGAAAGGAUCAAAGCCGCAUUGUCUUGUGAUAAUGCGUGACCUCAAAAAUCUUUCAAGCCAGGUAGACAAAAAAGGGGAGGAGGAAAACAUGGGAAGAAGGAUAUGUUUACUUUAAGGAUUAAUCUGAUCAGACCAAAAGAAGGAGAAAAGUCAAGAACGAACCAUUAUAUAAUGCCUUGCAUUGUGGUGUUUUCGCUAGGAAAAAUUAAUUAGAAGUAAUUUAGAAAGCAUUUCACCACCUUGCAAGCGUUAAAUUAAUAGGUUCGGGUAUUGACUUAGUUGACUUGAUCGAUGAUUCGAGUAAACAAACACCUUCUUUCAGACAGAAGAGAUUCAAAAGAACUCCCUGUGGUUUUCUUUUUUGCGUUAGGAGUUAAUAGGUGUCGAUGUUUAAUCAUUUCAAGUGUUCUAGCUAUGUGUUUUGGGAACAUGUUUAAUUAUUUUUAGCUAUAGCAAGGGAUGCUAACUGAGACCAUCAUGUGUUUGCUUUUUGUAAGCAUUUUAAGACUGUGAUUCCCAUCCAUUUCCUUAAUAUUCUGGCUUUUUUUUUUUUUUUAAAUUUCUUUUUGGGGUACAUAUAUUCUGGCAUUUUGUUUAUGCCUGAUUAAACUACAUCGGAC